UCUGGCAUCUCCAAAAAUAAACAAUGCUAAAAAACAGAUGUUCACAUUUUGCAAAACACACGCAAAAAAGCCGCAAAUUUUGUUACAAGUUUUUAAUUUAGUGCUAAAAGAGAUUUAAUAAAUAAAAUAUUCCAAAAAAUGGAUAAUAAAUUAACACGCUAUGAAAAAAUUGCCUUCCUGGGUGAAGGUCAGUUUGCUACCGUUUACAAAGCUCGUGAUGUUUUAAGUGACCAAAUAGUGGCGGUGAAGAAAAUCAAAAUUGGCAGUAGAGAAGAGGCCCAAGAUGGCAUAAAUCGUACUGCUUUAAGAGAAAUUAAACUGCUGCAUGAGCUUCAGCAUGAGAAUAUCAUUGGCCUGGUAGAUGUGUUUGGCCACAAAUCGAAUGUUUCUUUAGUGUUUGAUUUCAUGGAUACAGAUUUGGAAAUUAUCAUUAAAGACCCCAAAAUUAUUUUAACCCAGGCAGAUAUUAAGGCUUACAUGAUAAUGACCCUAAGGGGUUUGGAAUAUCUACACAUGAAUUGGAUUUUACAUCGUGAUUUGAAACCCAACAAUUUGCUGGUGAAUAGUGAUGGCAUUUUGAAAAUUGGUGAUUUUGGUUUGGCGAAAUUUUUCGGCUCUCCCUCACGUAUUUAUACACAUCAGGUGGUAACACGCUGGUAUCGUGCUCCCGAGUUAUUAUUUGGAGCCCGUCAGUACGGCACUGGUAUUGAUAUAUGGGCUGUUGGUUGUAUAUUGGCUGAACUAUUGCUGCGCGUUCCUUUCCUAGCCGGUGAUUCAGAUUUAAAUCAACUCACCAAAAUAUUUCAAGCUUUGGGCACCCCCUCCGAUGAUACCUGGCCAAAUUUAUCUAAACUUCCCGAUUAUAUGCAGUUUGUGCAUUUUCCUGGCGCACCACUCGCUAGUUAUUUUACUGCCGCUCCUGAUGAUUUAAUAGAUUUGGCCGAGAGAUUAUUGGCUUUGAAUCCUGCUAAACGUUGUACCUGUACCGAGGCCUUAAAUAUGAAAUAUUUCUCAAAUAAACCAGCUCCCUCACUGGGUCAUAAACUGCCAUUGCCUUCAUCGAAACAGCAAAAUGUCGAUGAGAAACCGAAUUUGAAGCGUAAACUUUUGGAAGCUAUGGAAGGUGUAGGCAAUCCAAAAAAACUGAUAUUUUAAUGUAAGUUAUUAGUUGACAAGUAUUUAGUUGUAGUUUUUUAUAUACAGUAGAUUGGUCAAAACUAAAAAAAAAUCAAUACAUUUGGUAGAAAAGCUAUUUAUAAAAAUUAUAUUAUUUUUGGCUCUUACAUUUUUGCUUAAGCCAAAUUAAAGUUUGACCAAUAAUUCUUUCAUAAACAUUCAUUUUACAAAAAAUCGCUUAAGUAUAUAAUACUAAAAAUUUUAGUCUAAAACAUAAAAUCGAAAUUUUAAGGCAUUUCAGGCAACUGUACUCAAUACUUUGAUUGUUUUAGAUAAAUUUUACAUUGUCCUUUUCUUCAAAACUAUCAUUAAACUAUCCUCUAGGACUUAGCUGUUAAAAAUUUUCUGAAUGUAAAAAAAAACUUGUCAAAACUUUUAGUCAGAAUAUCAACAGAAAUGCAAAAGGCGUGUAUUACAGAUCUGUAAAAACGACCUUAGUAGUGCAAAACUGGCUAAUGUUUUUAUUUUUUGAAUAGCUGCAGAACACAUUGACUUUUUGCUGGCAGAUCUAUGCUUUAGGACUAUAGUUGACUGUCUACAUAAAAAUUUUUCUGUUGGACAGCCUUUGUUAUCAGAACUGUUGGGUCCUUAAUUCAUCACUUCUAUUCCUACAAAACGCUUAAGUUAAAAGAGAAACAAUACCUAAACACAUUUCAUUAUUUUUCUUUAGUAAAUUUUCAAUAAACAAAUUAAUUAUUUUAUUUAUACAAUGUAAUGCCUGAGAAAAUUAUAAUUUUCAAUAAUUAAUAAUAUAUUUUAAUACAACAUCAAUAUAUAAAGAAAACAUUACUAUCACAAACAAGUUAUUAAUUACUGAAACUGUAGUUUAUAUUUUCUAUCUAUGUAUUUGUUUUAUAUUCCUUAACUUUUACUUUAACUAUAUAAACAUUGUUACUAAACUAUUCCUUAUUAAAACAAAUGCAAAUAAAUCUUUACUUCGUU